UUUUAGCCUUGCUCACCGAUGACAUCGCUCAUCCGCUGACAGAAAGUCAGUGUGCUGAUCCUCUGUCAAGCUCGAGCUUUGCUGACGACUGAAAUCGCACAUUCCUUAACAGCGUGUGAGUGUUUCGAUCCUAGCCUCGCUCGCUCACGACAUCACUGAUUCAUUGACAGGAGGCUGGUUUCUCCAUCUUUCUUUGACUUAGGGCCAUGCUGACCGAAGAUAUUACACAUUGGCAGAAUGUGAGUGCAUUGAUUCUCAGCAGAGGCGGACGAUUUUCAAUUUUCCAUUAUGAUCAACAGCUUUAUCCGAGUCAUCGAACGGAGAUGCGGUCGAGGUUACUCUCUGUGGCCUCUGGUUCAUCACCCCUGGAGAACACUGUUCAGCUCAGCUCUGCCGUUGUCAUUAUUUUCGAACACUCUUUCUACAUUUACGACAAUUGGCGCUAUCUUCAGGACCAGCAGAAGUCUGAUCCCUCUUAUUAUCUCGCUCUCGAGCAGUACAUGGCAUCUCCGCAUGCAGCCGCUGUCAGGGAAGAUGUGAGCGCUGCCGUCCAGGCCUAUGAAGAAGCUGUGACUGCUGCCUCCCACGGAUAUGAAGACGCUGUGGCUACUGCCGCCCACGGAUAUGAAGAAGCUGUGAGGACUGCUGUAUAUCCAUAUGAAGGACAUCUGCCUGCUCGGAUGGCGAAGUUAGCAUUUGAACCCUUCAAGAGGAAGGCAAAAGAAGCUUUCGAACUCUGAGAAGAAGGAGAAACAAUCCAUUGAACGCUCUCAGGCGGAGAAGAAAGAA